AUGUCGGACAUUGCCAAAGGCGUCAGCAACUUGGUUGCCUCCAUCUUCGAGAUCUUCAAGGGUAUCUUCGUCACCGUCUUCAACGUCUUCGAGGGCGCGUUGAACGCGGUCAUUGGCCUCCUCAAAAACACGUUCAACUUGGCUGAAGGCGUGCUUGGCUUUCUUAUCGGAAACAUCUUCAUUAUCGGAACGCUGUGCGCAGUCUACUUCGGGUAUGUCUUGUACCAACAACGUCAGGGCAAACGACCGGCUCCGAUCUCGAAAGUGGCAACGGGAAAGACUCAAUGAGCGCAAUAGCACAGAAGAAGGUGGUGGGAAGCAAGGUGGAAUCAGUAAUCAAGCAGCGGGAACGGCAAUGAAAUGUGCUAGAGCGCAGGUCGCUGCGGUUU